AUGGAUGUGUUUGCAAAAUUACGAAAUACUGUUAGCAAUACAAUUUCCACUACUGUUCAAAACACUGCUUAUGGUUUAUCACAAUUAUCAAAUGUUCUUCCGGGUAAUCCAGUGACUAGAGAAUUUGAAGUAAUUGCACAUAUAGCAAGUGCAGGACCAGCUUUAGUGUGGAAAAUUUAUAGUGGUUACAAAAAAUCUACAAAACAAGAAGUAGCCAUUUUUGUAUUUGAAAAACGCAUUCUUGAUAAGUUUUCAAGAAACGAUAAAGAAUUAAUCUUAGAAACAUUAAAAAGAGGUGUUGCACAAUUAACAAAAUUACACCAUCCACAAGUUUUAACUGUUCAGCAUCCUCUAGAAGAAUCACGAGACAGUUUAGCAUUUGCAACAGAACCUGUAUUAGCUAGUUUAGCUAAUGUUUUAAAAAAUCAUGAUAAUUUACCACAACCAUUACCAGUAGCAUUAAAAGAUUAUAAGCUACAUUAUGUUGAAAUAAAAUAUGGACUUUUACAACUUGGAGAAGGCCUUGCAUUUUUACAUGGAAAUGUUAAAUUAUUACACAGAAAUUUAUGUCCAGAAUCUAUUGUUAUUAAUAGUCAUGGGGCUUGGAAAAUUUUUGGUUUUGAUUUUUGUGCUUUAAAUCAAAGUGCUGAAGGAAAACAACCUCAGUGGUCGUAUACAGAAUAUGACAUGUCAGCUCCAAUUAUGACACAACCAAAUUUGGAUUAUCAAGCACCAGAAUGUAUUUUAGCAAGUAGUGUUGGUACUGGCAGCGAUAUAUUUUCUCUGGGAGUAUUGGCAUACAUUCUACAUUCUCCAAUGAAUGUAUCUCUUCAUGAAUCUAACAAUGACUUACUGAAAUGUAAACACUUCUUAGAAAAUUUCACAAGCUCUGCUAUUACUGCUAAACUUCUUUCAAUUCCAGAGAAUCUUAGAGAUACAGUGAAAUUAAUGUUAAAUCAUAAUCCUGAAUUGAGACCAGAUGCUCAUCAGUUUGUAAAGAUUGAAUACUUCAUGGGUAUAGGUGUCAAAACUUUGAAUUAUUUAGACAAGAUUUUCCAAUGGGAUAAUUUACAGAAGUCACAAUUUUAUAAAGGAUUACCUCAACAUUUAAAACAAUUACCUCACAGAGUUAUAUUACAUAGAGUCCUUCCAGCUUUAUACAAAGAAUUAUUCAAUCCUCCAAUGAUUCCUUUUGUUUUACCUAGCAUAAUAUAUGCAAUGGAAACAAGUUCUGUGGAAGAAUUUAGAGAAUAUAUUUUACCAAACAUUAAACCUGUUUUAACAUUAGAUGAUCCACCCCAAAUUAGCCUUGUUUUGAUGCAGCAUGCUGAUUUACUAUUAAAAUUAUGUACUGCAGAAGUAAUAAAAACAGAUAUAGUCCCAAUGUUGUUACGUGCUUUAGAAUCUGAAUGGGAACAUUUGCAAGUAUUAUGUUUAUCAGCUUUACCUGAUAUUAUAACAAUGAUCGAAGAGCCAGUAAUUAAAAAUGCAAUUUUACCUAAAAUGAAAAAAAUUUGUUUAUAUGGAAAGGGAAACAGCAGUAAAAGUCUUGGAGUUAGAGUCAACUGUUUAUUAUGUCUUGCAAGAAUGCUACCUAACUUUGAUCGAUGGCUUAUUCUUGAUCAAGUGUUGCCUAUUCUACAGGAAAUUCCACACUCUGGUGAACCUGCAAUUCUUAUGGCUAUCAUAGGUAUUUAUAGGAUGUUAUUAAAUCAUGGAAAAUUACAAGCAAGUAAAGAAAUAUUAGCAAGAAAGAUUAUACCAUUUUUAUUACCACUAUGCGUUGAACCAAAUUUUAGUCUGGCACAAUACGAAGUUCUUUCCAAUCUUGUACAUGAAAUGAUAAGUCGUGUAACAACAGAGCACAAAGUGUGUUUGAAACAAGUAGACGCUAUGCGUCAUGAAACUCAACAGUUAGAUCAAGAACUUUCACAAACUUCAAACAUGUAUAACAAAGUUAAUACUAGUAUUGAUGGUGUAAAUAUAAUUCCAAUAGUUCCUGCUUCAAAUGCAAACACAAAUUUGAAGUCUUUGCAGAUUGAAAAUGGAUUGACAAUGGAAGACAAACUUCGAUUAAUUCAACAACAAGAAGUGCAUCAAAGAUUACAAUCUCAGGCACCAUUAACACCAACAAUUGUUCAACCUAUAAAACCUCCAGUAAAAGACUUAACUGAAACUUUACUAAAAUCUAAUUUGAAUCAGUUAAAUCUUUCAAUGUCAAGUUCAAAAUCUGAUUGCACUUGGAAAUCUCCAAAUUCAAAUCAAUAUCAAUAUGUCAGUCCACCAGGGUUGAAUAUGCGAUUAAAUCAAAAAGGAUAUACUUGUGUUUCUAACACAGUUAUUCCACAAAAUAAUAUUAAUUAUUCUAUGAAUCAAGGAAAUUUCGCAGUUAAUCAGUUAGAAUAUAAUUCAAAUUUGAAUUCCAGUUCUAACCAGAAGAUAGAAAAAUUGCCGUCUUGUGAUGUAAUGGACCUGCUUGAUUAAUAAUUCUACAAGUGUAAUCUAGUAUAAUAAUGUUUAUUAUUAAACGGUAUAAAA